AUGCAUCCCUCCCUCCCACCAGACCCCUUAACCCUCACAGGCGGCUGCUUCUGCUCCGCAAUCCGCUACACCAUCUCCAUCCCCGCCCUCGCUGACCGCCCGCCCGCGAUCCCCGAUCCAGUUGCCCCUUCCCCAGACGGCAAAGGGACGCAAUCCGCACCCACGCAGCUCCCGAUCAUCGACCUGGACCAUUGCGAGUCCUGCCGGCGCGCGUGUGGCAGCCUCUUCCAGACCUGGAUAAUCCUCCCGCUCGACUGGGUCUCAUUCAGCCUUGUGAAGCGAGAAUCCGGCCAGGGGGUUCAGGGCCCGCUGGCCAACCGCCAUGGCGGUGAGGGCGGCGAGGACGAGGCCUCCAACCUGCUCAAGCCCGACACCGCCUCCGUCGGAGUCCCAAAUGACGAGCUACGGUCCCAAACCUACCUCGGCACCUACUGCUCGCGCCCAAACCGCAACAGAACCUUCUGCGCCCGCUGCGGCACCGGUGUCGUGUUCUUCUAUGAUGGCGAGAGGCCGCCCGAGCAUUCGGGGCCGAGGAGCAUAGAUAUUGCGCUCGGCACGCUGGAUAAGGCGAGUUUUGAGACGGAGGGGCUGAGGCCGGAUAGGCAUUCGUGGUGGACAGAUGGGGUCAGGUGGGUGCAGGGGUUGGUGAGGGAGGGAGAUGGGAGCGUGGUGGAGGGAGGGUUGGUUAGGCAUCCGAAGGGGGCUUAUCAGGAGGCUGUGGUGGAGUAG